UUUGUCAGUUUGUUUAUGAAUUUCCCUCCUUGUUGUCCCCAGGGCACCCUGCUGAGUCUGGACAACCCCCUGUCUGCUCGUGUGCGGAACCUGGUGCAACACAUCCGCAGUCAGAGGAGCAGGUUUAUGAAGCUGACGAUCGUGAGACAGCGAGACAAGUUGGAGCCGUGGUUCCAGCACUUCCUGGUGGAGGACAAGGGUCUGUAUGGGGGGGCAUCGUACGUGGACUUCCUCUGCCACAUGCACAAGGAGAUCAGAAACCUCCUCAGCUGAGGCCCGACUUAAGACUGAUCUUAAGACUUUGUGUACAUUUCUUCAUCUUAAAGUCUCCCUGCCUGCAUCUGACCAUGUCAACUUGGAGAAUAGCAGAACAGAGCUUUGACAUAACAGGCAACAUGUUGCGUUGAUGAAGGUUAGACAUCAAGGUAAACUAACAUACUCAUUGGAAAUUCGAACUCUACUAUUACGGAGGAUAAUUUCUGGACGUUUCGAGUGAGAUCCACCACUCUUCUUCUGGAAAUUAUUGUCCAUAAUUUAUCCAGUAGUAGAGUUAGAUUUUGAGUCUACUUGUUGGAAAUUGCCACAAAGUGUUACAGAGGGUUUUUCAAAUUACCUGGUCACUGUUAGUUCUUUACUUAUGGUAAGUUGUCUUUGGGCUAUCAGCAGUCAGUGUCUUCCUUCAUAUGAAAGGAGCAAUUUUGGGGGAGGGGGUUGGAUUUUGGGCAAAUACAAUAAAUAUUCAGGCAAAAAUACAAUAUGCAAUAUACAUGUACCAGUAUGUGCUACGGCAACCAUAAAGUUGAGUUAAUGUGGCCUACUUUUAAAACUAGACCCAGGAAACUUGAAAUGUAUCCUGUACAGAUCAUUUUGACACAAUUGCGUGUUGCCAAAUAUGUGUCCAACACAAGUGUGUUGAAACUUGUAAAUGGCUACAAAUGUAUCAAUUCUACAAGCUGACAUGGUCAGAUGUAGCAAGGCCUGCUCCUAUAGACAAGACAGAGGCACCAAAUGUCAAAUGAUGCGGUUUUAGGGGAAAAAGUUGCCUCUGUAAGAAAAGUGUUGAAAGUGACAAUAAAGUAAAAAUGUAAACUGAAAUUCUACGCAUAUUUUACAUUGGAAAUAACAAUAAAUGCUCCAUUUUGACUGUCUGUAUACAAUUGAACAUGUAAUAUUAACUUCGACUAUUGUUUAAACUACUUCAACAUUAUUAAAUGCCAGUUCUGCUUCUGUCCAUACUUUAACUUAGGUACAAGAUAAUUAUUGAUAUUUUACCAUGAUAUUACAAUAUUUGAUAUUUUCUGUACAUUCUGUAAGCCAGCUAGCAGUACAACGUCAUGUUUGGGCCCUUUCCCUCAAAAAUAACUGACAUGUGGACACUACAACUUACAAGUCCUUUACUAGCCUGGAGUCCAGCCUGGUUAGCUUUGGUCCGCUCCCCAAGAGCCGCUCCCCGCCAACAAGACUGGGUGCCAUUACCAUUUAAACAAUUCCAGCAGGCCCACGUAAUGAACUAGUAAUGGCGAGAUAGCAGAUCUUGGGGAGCUGACCAAAGCUAACAAGGCUGGACUCCAGGCUAGUCCUUCACUGCUUCAAGCUACACUUAAUUAUUUCAUUGGUUCUCAAUCCUAAACUGCAGAAGGUCAGCAUUCAAUGUACAUGAAAACAGCCUGAGGGGAAAGCCUGUACCUUGGCUCACACAGGGAGUGAGAAUAUAAUCAGGGUAACGUUUUUCUCCCAGCUUUGUUUUCUUGUUCAUCUUUUUAAAUGAAAGAGAACCAAGGAAACAAAUUGAUGUGGCCUUUAUGGGUCUUCUAUGCUUCUGUGGGCUUUCACAGAAAACAGAGUUGUAGAGAAUCAGUUGUGGUACAAUCUUAUGACAUGCAAUUUAGUAUCAGUUGGAAUUUAUUUCAUUUAAACUUGAGCGAAAUAAAACUUGAUCAGACUUUUUCCUCCUGUUGUGCCUCUCCUUUCUCCCUCUCUAAGCCUCACACACCUUGAGUUUUCUUCUUACCCUUAAUCCAACUAUUUAGUAGAAUGCUGUACAAUAUGUUGUUAAGAUGCCCUUAUGUGGAAAGAAAUGUUAUAUUGUAGACAGCUGUCUCCUGUAGGUAUUUGACUAAGGCCAAACCAUUUUAUUUGCUGGUUUUUAGACAAAAAAAAGAUAAUGAUGAAAACAGGCUUGAAUCAGAAGAUCCCAGAACCAACAAAUUGUUUUGGAAUGGCCUUGUCUCACAGUUGCCAUGCAUGAAAUGGGAAAAAUUUUGUCAUAAUUAUUUCAAAUAAUUAAGUCCAGUUAUUUUCAAUGUUUUUUUUUUCUUUUUUGCUUGGACAAUGUUUGUCCACACAAAGGCAUUAUGGGAAGCCAGCAAAGCAUGCUGGGUAGGUCGUCAUGUGUAAAUACAAUCUGCCAAUAAUUUAGAGUUAAGCAUCUGUGCUGAUUUGGCACUUUAGUUAUGUUUCUGAGAAUUGUUCAUAAUGUUAAGUAUAACCUAACAAUGUGUAAACUGUAUUAUAUUAAUAGCUUUACCUUGUGUAGCCUCUACCAG